AUGCUUCUGUUUCCCACUUCUCACAGUCGAAGCAAACGACAAGGACUAGUCAGCUCACAACCUCGUCUUCGUCCGGAAUUCGAAGUAAUCAAGGCGACUAUGGGAAUGAACGAACAGAUCGCUCUGAGUGAAGAGGUGUAUGUGAUCGAGCGGGAAUGCCAAGGUGAUACCAGAUAUAUUGCGGAUAGAUUGAAGAAAUACUUGGACUCACGUUACGGUCGUAUGUGGCAUGUGGUCAUUUGCAAAGGUUCUACUGCAUCCAGCUUCUCACACAUUCCAUACACUUCGUUCUUUUUCUUGUACAAAGGUCACACUUAUUUGAUCUGGCGAACCCCGGAAUAA